UCUCCUCCCCCCAUCUUGUUGAGCUCAACGAAACGCAACGCCUCGCUGCGGAAAUACUAGUAGCAGCAGCCGCGCUCGCUCACGAGUCCCAGCACGGUCUCCUCACUGCCAACCCAAUCCCAUUGCUCCCGCCCGCGGACCAAUCCGCUGAUGGCCGCCGCGCGCGCGGAACCCUAGGAGCGGGCGGGCGGGCGGCCGACACGCUCGCCAUGGGCUCCCUGGAGAACGGGGCCGCUGCGGCGGCGGCGGGGAGCUGCAAGCGCGGGCUGGCCCCGGCGCCGCAGCCGCUGCGGGCGGGCAGCGCGCGGAGGGUGCGGGCGAGAUCCAGGCUCGCGCGCUUCCUGCUGUUCGAGAAGGUGGACUACCUCCAGUGGAUCGCCGCCUCCGCCGCCUUCUUCUUCGUCGCCAUCGUCUUCGUCGCCUUCCUCCCGGGGUCGGGCGUCGUCGAGCGGCCCAGGCUGAUGCUCCCCUCUCGCCGCGCGGGGCCUGGGCGCGGCGGGGGCGAGCACCCCUCGCUGCCCCGCGUCGACUUUGGACUCGUGGGGCGGGAGGCGGGCGUGGCGUUCGAGCCGACCAGGCUGAGGGAGAAGUGGGCGAGGGAGCGGAGGGAGGAGGCCCGGAGCUUGGCGGAGCUCGGGACGCCCGUCAGGAGGCUAGGGGUACGGAAGCCGCGCCUUGCCAUGGUGUUUGGUGACUUGUAUCCCAGCGCAAUGCAGCUUCAGAUGGUUAGCGUCGCCUCGGUGCUGGAGGCUAUGGGCUACGAAAUGAAGGUUUUCUCACUUGAGGAUGGCCCUUGUGGUAAUAUUUGGAGAGCCAUUGGAGCGCCAGUGAGCAUUUUACCUGAGGAAGCAAACCAACCUAAUUCUGUAGAUUGGUUACACUAUGAUGGCAUACUUGUGAAUUCUAUUGAGGCAAGACCAGUAUUCUCAAGUCUUCUGCACGAGCCUUUCAAAUCCGUACCUGUCAUUUGGACUGUGCAUGAAUAUUCUCUUGCUCAUCGUAUUGAAGAAUAUAAUGCGAGUGGAAUGAUUCAGAUCAUAGAUGCUUGGAAAGAAGUCUUCAGCAGGGCAAAUGUUAUAGUUUUCCCAAACUAUAUAUUACCGGUGAUGUAUGCUGCAUUUGAUUCUGGUAACUAUUUCAUUGUUCCAGGUUCUCCCUCAGAAGUAUUUCAGGCUGAUAACUUUAUUGCCAACCAUUCCCACCAAGAUGCGAGGAUCAGCUUGGGCUUGAGCACCAAAGACUUUGUAAUUGCAAUUGUUGGUACUCCAUUUUCAUAUGGUGAGAAUUUGAUGGAAGAGACGCUUGUCUUGCAAGCAAUAGGUCCUCUGUUACAGCAAUAUCACUCCGAGAAUAGCACAGAAUCUGAACUGAAAGUGAAGAUCUUCACUGGAAACAAAACUGAGAAGCAUAAGAUGGUCCUUGAGUCUGCUGCUCUGAGUGUUGGCUUCCCAAGAGGUGCAGUGGAGCAUGUUGCUGCUGGUGACAAGCACGACCUCCUUCAUACAGCUGACCUUGUUAUAUAUGGUUCCUGUCUCGAGGAGCAAUCAUUCCCCAGUGUGCUAGUCCAAGCUAUGAGUCUUGAGAAGCUAGUUAUAGCUCCUGACCUUGCAAUUGUUAGAAAACAUAUUGAUGAUGGGGUAAACGGGCUUCUUUUUCCAAAGAAGAAUAUUGGCAUGUUAACUCAAGUCCUACUUCGAGCAGUGUCGAAUGGUAAAGUGUCUGUUUCAGGGCAAAAAAUUGCAUCAGUUGGAAAGGCCUAUGCCAAGAACCUUAUGGCUUCUGAGACCAUUGAGGGCUAUGCUGAGCUUCUGGAAAAUGUUAUCAAGUUCCCCACUGAUGCACUAAGCCCUUUAACCGCUGGUGAGAUACCUUUAGCUCUGAAACAAGAGUGGAAAUGGCACCUAUUUGAGGAUGUGAAGCAUUUACACCAUGUUAAUGGGAGUUUGUCUGGCUACAAGAUACUCCAGAAACUAGAGCAGGAGUGGCAUAGCAACCUAAUGGAACGCCCUCCUGUUGGUACAUCGAAGAAUAGUGAAGCAUUCUCUGCAAUUGCCUGGGAGGAACAGAGAGCAAAUGAAGUUAUGGAUAUCAAAAGAAAAAUGGAAGAAGAUGAGUUGAAGGACAGGAAUGACCAACUUCAUGGAACAUGGGAGGAGGUGUACAGAAAUGUCAAAAGGGUAGAGAGGUUAAAGAAUGAAUUGCAUGAAAGAGACGACAAGGAGCUUGAGCGGACAGGUCAGCCGCUUUGUAUAUAUGAGCCUUUCUUUGGGGAGGGGACCUGGCCCUUUCUGCACCAAAGCUCUCUUUAUCGUGGAGUUGGCCUGUCUUCAAAAGGUCGAAGACCAGGAGCGGAUGAUAUUGAUGCCUCUUCUCGCCUUCCACUUCUCAACAAUGUUUACUAUAGAGAUAUUCUUGGUGAAUUUGGAGCUUUCUUUGCUCUUGCCAACAGAAUUGACCGUAUACAUAAAAAUUCUUGGAUAGGGUUUCAGUCCUGGAGAGUAACAGCGAGAAAGGAAAACUUAUCAGAGAAUGCUGAAUCUGCAAUUUUAGAAGCCAUUCAAUCUCAAAAGCAUGGAGAUGCCUUUUAUUUUUGGGUUCGGAUGGAUCAAGAUCCAAGGAACCAUGCUAAUAAAGAUUUUUGGUCCUUCUGUGAUGCAAUCAAUGCUGGGAACUGCAGGUUAGCAUUUUCGGAGGCCUUCCAAAGGAUGUAUGGUGUUCAGCUUGAUCAUGAACUGGAUUCUCUGCUACAUAUGCCUAGUGAUGGAGACACUUGGUCUGUGAUGCAAAGUUGGGUUUUGCCUACACGGUCAUUCCUAGAAUUUGUUAUGUUUUCAAGAAUGUUUGUUGAUGCACUGGAUGCACAAAUGUAUGACAAACACCAUCGAACUGGUCAUUGCAUCUUGAGUCUUCACAAGGACCAGCACUGCUACUGUCGUCUUCUGGAGGUGAUUGUGAAUGUUUGGGCAUUCCACAGUGCGCGGCGGAUGGUUUAUGUCAAUCCUGAGACUGGUGUAAUGCAGGAGCAGCACCAGCUCAGUGGCAGGAAAGGUCAGAUGUCAGUCCAGUGGUUCUCCUACGCCACUCUGAAGAGCAUGGAUGAGGAGUUGGCAGAAGAGUUCGACUCAGACCACCCAGACAGGAGGUGGCUCUGGCCACAAACUGGAGAAGUCUUCUGGCAAGGUCUCUAUGAGAGGGAGCGGACCAUGCGGCAACAGGAAAAGGAGCGCCGGAAGCAGCAGAGCAGAGACAAGAUCCAGAGAAUCAAGAAGAGAGCUCGGCAAAAGACGCUGGGCAAGUAUAUAAAGCCACCACCUGAGGAUAUCGGUGCCUCGAACCAUACGAUGACGGUAGAUUUGUAGCAUUUUGACCACAUACUUAGGGCGAUGAUUCUUUCUGCAGGAAAUUUUGUUCAUUCUUUCAUCGUUAUGGCUAAUGUCCUCACUAGUUGCCCCCUGGACGGGUGUCCAUAUUUGAUCAAUUUUGUUGUGCCCUCUGUACUGGGUGUUAACGGCGGCGUUGUAAGAUAUCUAGACCAUCGAGUUGCCACCCUAGAUGUAAAUUGGAUUCCCUUGGGUGCUUUUCUUCUAGCUUAAAAUUUUCUAACAGCUGCUUUGCGUCUGCAGAACAAAUUGGGUAAAUGAGUAAAUGACUGAUGUCCCAUAUAUGGUUGAGCCUCUGCUAAUGUCUA